GGCCCCCAGAAGCCGAAGACGACGAAAGACCUCCGUCUCGCUCUCUCCCCGAGGUCGGAGGUCCCCCUCCACCGCCCGGGUGCUGCGGGCAGCGCCCACGAGCCCAUGCCGUCGCGGGCUCGCGGCGACUCCAGUCCGACGCGCGGGUCCACAGGGGCUCCGCGGCCUCGGCCUCUGGCCGCCUGGGCGCUGGCGGCCUGCGCACUGCUGGCGGCCUCCAGGCUGCCGCGCGGCCUCGUGGCCCCGCUCGGCCCUGGGCGGCCCGCCCGGCCACGAGAGCGCGGGCUGGUGGGGCGGGCGUCGGGCCGGCCAGGCGGCCCAGUCAAGAACUGCCCAAGGGGCAGAGGCUGCUGGGCCACGACAAUCCGUAUCACCCCAGGGACGUGAGGCCGGAGGCUCGGAGGAAGCGGGAACACCUGGUCCGGACCAGCUCGAGGUCGGGACGGAACAGGGUGCUGGUCGAGGGGCGCCGUGCCGCAAGGAUCGAGGCGACCAUGGACAAUAUAGAGUUGUGGCUCGGCAUGCAGAGGAAGCUAGAGGAAAGCGCCACGAGCCCAGGCGGAAGGUUUGUGGGAUGGAAGGCAGCCCAGGCCAAGCAGGGAGGUCUCGAUGGGGAGGCCCAGAAAGUGGAGGUCGAGAUAUUGAGCUGGCUGCCAGAGCUCAUGAGGCCCCCGACGCCAGGUGGCCGGCUCCCGGAGCCCGUGGACCAGGAUGAGCUGACCAUGUUGCUCGAGGUCUUUGCCGAGGAGUCCAGUGAGCCGGCCCUCGGUUUGCUGGAGGAUGCAGUGGAGAGUGCGACCAGGACUCCCGAGAUGGAUCUCGGCGCGGCGGUCCUGCUGCUGGAGAGCCUCACCGCCGCGGGUGUGCUGGCCGCGGGCGUGUGGAAGGCGGUCGGGCGGCGAGCGCUGGAGCAGUGCCGUGGCGCGACACAGGACUCGUUCUCCCGACUGGCGUGGGCUCUGGACGCCGCCACGGAGCGCCUGCCGCCCGAGGCGCAGGCCGGGCUGGAGGAGGGGCUGCGCCUGGGGCGCGCCCGCCUCUCCGACGACGAUGCCGCGAUGCUGGGCUGGGCCUGCGCCGAGCUCGGCCUCGAGCUGCGCGGCGUGCUCGGCGAGGCCUCCUCGCACGCGGCCGCGGAGGCCGCGGCCUCCGCGCUCCGGGCAGUGGAGAGCCUGGGCGCGGCGCCUGGCGCCAGGAUGCUUCGCUGGGAGCCCCUGCGCGUGGUCUCGGUGGCCGCAGCGGUGGACCCAGCGCACCUGCAGGAGCUCGUCGACCUCGCCGACCGCGGCGACCUAUGGCGACCGUCCGCGCGCAGGGCCGCCGGCGCCGAGGGCGCGGGCAGCCCCGUGCAGGGGCGGCCCUGGUCGGCCCUGCUCGGCUCCGCCGCCUGCCGCGCCCACCCCGCCUCGCUGGCAGUGCGCCGCUGGGUCGCCAGCGCGAUGGGGGUGCCCGUGGAGCGGGUCGAGGCCCUGCGCGUGGUGAGAUACAGGCCAGGCGACGAGUCUGGUCCGCCGCGCGUGGACACACGCCCUGCAGGCGACGCCAGCCUGUGGCUUAGCGGCCAGCGGGUGGCCACGGUAAUGUUCUACGUGAGCACGCUGCCGGAUGGCGCUGGCGGGGAGACACACUUCGCCUCGCCUCUGCUGGAUUUGCUGGUGUCUCCCGAGGCAGGCUCUGCGCUGGUGUGGCCCACGGUCACCGCGGCUGGCGCGCCGGACCCCAACGCCGCCCGUGGGGCCAUGCCCGUCAACAGCGCGGCCGUUGAGAAGCACAUGGUGAUUACGUGGGUCCGCAGCGGCCCGGCUCCAGGCGAAGGCGGCGCGCCCCCGGCUUGA